CUAAAUUCCAUCAUUCGCAUUUUCUCUUCAUUUCAUCUGUAAAAGUCCGGCGUUUUUCUUUGUGUAUUCAUAGACGAUAAACAUGAUCGAUAUCGUCGGCACUUGUUAUCGCUUCAUCGGAGACGUUUUACACGGGUUUCGGGCACAACCAAAUAAAUCAGAUGUCGUCGACAAAAUGGAAGUGGAUCCAAAAGCAGUUUCAAAACCACUGAAUCUGACAAAGUUCGAUGAUUUAGCAGCUCAAGCAUUAACAACUGUGUUUGGAAUGGAUGCUGAAGGAAGAAUUAAGAAAGAACAAGCACGUAAAGUAGUCGAAAAUCUUGGGUUAAUAGGUGGAACGGAUGAAACUAAAAAUUUCGAGCUUCCAGGCAGUUUAGAAGAAGAUCAAGAGUUGAAAGCAGAAGAGAUCGUAGAUGGUUUGGAUGAUGACCAAGAUGGUGUGAGACGUUCCGAGCUGAUGAAAGGAGCAUUUACGGUGUUCGACGAAGACGGAGACGGGUAUAUAGAUGCUACAGAAAUUAAGAGAGUUCUUGAGUGUUUAGGGUUAGCUGAAGGAUGGGAUAUGGAUCAGUUUGAGAAGAUGAUUAAAGCUGUGGAUUUGAAUUUUGAUGGGAAAGUGGAUUUGAGCGAGUUUGAAUUGAUGAUGGGUGCAAAGAUAAUGUGAAAAAACUAAAGAAAAAAUAUUGUAAUUCUCCAAUAAUAAUAUUAAUGUACCUAAUUGUUUUCGUAUUGUCAUAUAUUUUUCAUGAAUGUCAGUGGAAAAUAAUGCAGAUAAUAUUGGAUUA